AUGGAUGAACAAAAAGACCAGGUUCUAGAACUUGAACUGAUCAUGGAAGAGUUACUCUUGAAAUAUGAGGAGCUGUCCAUGCCAUUGCCAGAGUUUUUGACGAGCUAUUGGUGCACACGGAUGGAGGAAGUCCUCUUGACCUGUGAGCCGCCCAGUAAGGAAAAGAUGAGCCAACUUCGGGAGAUAGGUGUCGUCAUUGAUGGGUAA